AUGAAAAAAAGAGUUGUUGCCUUCAACAUUAUUAUUAUUAUUAUUUUUAUUUACAGAGCUGGAAAGAAACUCAGUUCAACAUCGUCUUCAUCGAAACACAGCAUUAGAGAACCAUCACUGAACAUAGCCUACCCUGCCAAGACACAAAACUAUGAACUAAAAAUACUUAGACAGCCAGAAGAUCAGCAUAGAGCUCGAUACUUAACAGAAGGCAGUCGAGGAACUGUCAAGGACAAAACUGGCCAGAGUCAUCCUACUGUCAGACUGAUAGGCUACGACAGACCGUGCACACUGCAAGUGUACGUCGGUACAGACACCGGCAAGUUGAAACCGCAUGGAUUCUACCAAGCCUGUAAAGUGACUCACAAAAAUUCAUCUGCCUGCCUUGAACGUGACAUAGACGGUACCACCGUCAUUGAGCUGCCAUUGGAUCCUAAGUCUGAUAUGACAGCUGUGGUAGACUGUGUGGGCAUAUUGAAGUUGAGGAAUGCAGAUGUGGAGCAGAGAGUGGGCAUUGCCAAAUCAAAGAAGAAGAGCACAGUGGCCAGGCUGGUCUUCAGGGUCACGAUAUCUGAUGAGGAGGUCGGGUCAACGUAUCACACACUACAAGUUGCUUCUAAUCCUAUCGUCUGCACUCAGCCAACGGGCAUUCCAGAAAUUUCCAAAAAAUCCCUGACACAAUGCAGCGUGAAGGGCGGAGAAGAGAUGUUCAUAAUUGGGAAGAACUUCUUGAAAGGUACCACGGUCGUGUUUGAGGAGGUUUCAGGAGAUGUGGUUCUAUGGUCGAAAGAGGCUGACAUAGAUCAGGACUACUUUCAAGCUACGCAUCUGGUUUGCAAUGUGCCAUCCUAUAGAGAUUUGAAGAUACAAACAGCCAUCGACGUUCAAAUAAUCGUUCAUUCAGGGGGUAGGAUGAGUGAACCGGUCUCGUUCACAUAUCUUCCCUGUUUGUUCUUCUCUGUUCAUUCGUUUCUUCGUUCAUUUGUUUAUUCUUCAUCAUCGUUUUACCAUAUUUUAGUGUUUAUUCGUUUUUUGUUUGCUUGUUCAAUGUGUAUGUAUCGGUUUGUUGUUUGCUUUUAA